ACAUCUAUUAAAUAAUGCUUCACGCGAUGCUAGCGCCACCAUUUGACGAAAUGACCAGUGUUACAUACUUGCGAAGAAUAAUUUUAAAUUACGCGAUACGUGAUAACAGUAGGAACAACGUACGCUUAAUAGAGAUGAUUUUUAUCUCUUCGUAUUGCUUCAAAUUCGUGAGGAAUAUUCACAAAAACAAUUUUUUUAUCGUUGCAGACAAUAAAGUUCCAAACUUUUUUUACAAACGAGCUAAAAUAAUGUAUUCAAGUAACCAUUAAUAACGAAUAUUGAAUUGUAGAUUGAAUCAACAAUUAUCUAGUUUGAUUUAAUUAAAAAUAAAAUAUCUAUCGUUAAUAAUUCAGUUCAAUUUAUUUAUUUAUUAUUUUGUUGAAUUAAUUUCAAGUUUUUAUAUAAAUAUGUAUAUAUAUAUAAUAUAUUAAUAUUACGGUUAUUUUGUUACAUUGUAGCUAAUUGAGACUGAUGAGAAUAAGUAUUAACACUAUUUAAAUAUCAUAAAAAAAAAUAUCGCGUUAUUUUAUAUGCAAUAGGAUGUUAAUAUUUAAAGCACUAUGAAGUUGUUAGUUUUUAUUCCACAAACUUUCCACGCCGAAAAAUCUGGCUAUGUAUUUGGUAAAAUUAUAUACGAUAAACAUAGAGAUAUGAAAAAAUAUUACAUUGUUGAUAUAUGUGAAAAAGAUAUAAAUGAAAUAAACAAGUCUGUUAACCUUAUUGGUUAUUAUUAUAAUACCAAUCGUAUUAUUGAAAAUGUAGAUAGAAAGUACAUAGACUGGAUAGAUAUUUCUCUUACCACAGUAAACUCAACAUCUAAUGUUGAUUAUAAUUACUGCGUAGAAAAUAUUAUUAGUAAUAACAGAAAAAUUUGUUUAUCGUCUUGUUCUAUUAUCAUAAUAAUCUAUGAUUUGUUAGCAUUACAAGGGACCGAAUUGUUGGUUGCUAAAACAACAUCCAAUGAUCAUUUUUAUGAGCUUAUGAAAAUAUUGCAAACGGAAGAAGUUAAAUAUAGUAUAAAAAUGAAAUCUAAAUUUGUUUCUUUAAAGGAAACUAUUAUUCAUUAUAAUACAUAUUUAUGUUUGAUUCCAAUUCUUUUUUUUCUUAAAAUCACAAAUAAUUUAUUACCAAUAUUAAAAUAUUCAUCAUUGGGUUUACAUUUAAAUGAAUGGUUAGAAAAUGUUAAAUGGGUCCUGAUAAAUAUAAUACAAAAGAAAAGGAUUACCUUAAAAACGGGCAGUUAUAUUUUUGCUACAAUUAUAGAUAUUUUAUUUGGUGUAAUAAUUUUAAAAUUAUCAUUAUGUUACUUUAAUGAUAUAUCACCUUCUGAAGUAUUAUUAAAGAAUGCAGAGAAAGUAGUGGAAUCAUUGAAAAAUUUGAUUCAAUAUCUAAUGGGUGCUCCAGCUGGCUUAAAAUUAAAUUAUGCAUUUAAUAAUAUGCUUGGAAAAUUUUUUCUAUAUCAUAUACACCUAUGGUGGACAUUUUUGAUAUUUGUAACACCUGUAAUGGAUUUUGCAUUUGAAGUAUUAUUAUUAUUUGGAAGGCUUGGUAUUACUUUUCAAAUAUCAAUAGCCUCUGAUCUUUUAGCACUUAUUAGUUUCCAUACAUAUUGUAUUUAUGUUUAUGCAGCAAGGCUCUUUAAUAUUCAAUUAAAUGCUCUCAUAUCUCUAUCUAGACUGUUUUUGGGGAAGAAAAAAAAUCCUUUAAGAGAAAGAGUGGAUUCUUGUCAAUACAAACCAGAUCAACUAUUUGUGGGUACUUUAUUAUUUACCAUUCUCCUAUUUCUUGCACCGACAACAUGGGUAUAUUAUACAGUUUUUACUACGUUUAGACUUUUGCUGACUGGCUUUAGUGGACUUCUAGCUAGAUUAAGAUUUUAUUUUCAAGUUACACCUGUCUAUGCAUUUAUUAGAUGGUUAUUUAAUUCUUAUUGCACACGUAAUAGCAUUUAUAUUAAAUUACAUUCACAACAGUCAAAGAAUAAUAUGACAAUAACUUUAUGGAUGACAAUGGUCAAAUCUUCAUGGGGUCGAACAUGGAAAAGCUGUAUUAUAGACACCAUAGCUUAUCAACCAUCUAUUAAAUGGAGUGAAAUAUUGAACAGUAUAAUAUGGGGACGAUUAAUAUAUCCAUUGUAUUAUAAUCUCUUGGAAGAUAGUGCAGUUGUUUUGUUAAUAUUAGGUACAAGUUCUGACAGCGAUAAGAAAUCUCAAGUAAAUUCUGACACAAAUAUUAUAAAGAAUGACGAUGAUGAAACAGGAGAAUCGAAUGAAACUCUUUUGGAGAGAACACAACAAAGGACAAGUAAACGCAAAAUUAAUGGUAAAAUUUCUAAAAAUGGUCUUAAUCAUAAAGUGACAAAAAGCAAAAUAGGAGAAACUGGUAGCACUGAUAUAUUGGAAAAAGAUUCAAGUGAUACUGAAUUAUUGAUAGAGGAAAAAAUAUCAAAACGUCGAAAACGUGGAAGUACUGCACUUGUUGAAAGUAAUAAUGGAAGUACAGGAGACUUAAAUACUAAAGUUCCUGAAGAAAAAGAAGCAAAAGAAACGGAAACACCUUCAAAACGAAGAAUAAAAAGAGAAAAGGCUGAACAAAGAGAAGCAGAAAAGCGGGAAGCUACUAAAAUAGAAGCAACUCAAAAAGCAUUGACUUAUGUCAGAAAGUGGAAAUAUUCAAGAAGUGAAUGGAAAUUUGAAAAAAUAAGACAAAUAUGGUUAAUGGACAAUUUACUUGAUGAUACUCUAAUCCCCGAUGAAGUAUUUCCAAUAGUAUUAGAGUACUUUGAAGGUUGUAAAGGUAUGGCUAGAGAACAACUUUUGAAGAAAGGUAUGGAUGUUGUACGGAUUGCAGAAGAAAAUGUAGAAAAGAGAGAUGAGACUGUAGAAUCUAUAUCAUAUAAGAGAGCUAGAUUACUUUUACAAGCAUUACCAACUGAAACAUAAUAAAUACUAGCUUAUAUCAAAUGAAGAAUUAAUUUAAAAGAAUUUUAAUUAUUGAGAAACGAUUGAAUGAAUUGAAAUCAUUCAAGAUAUUCAUAAUGUCAGGAUAAUAAUUACUUGUAUUUGUACCAGUUGAAUAAUAAUUAUGAUAAAUAUAUAAUACUUUAAAGUGAACAACAAAUGAAUUAUGUAAGAUACGGGUUUAAUUGACUAAUGAGAUCAAACAUUAGUAUUUUGUGUUCUAAUUUAUAUAAAUUAUUAUCGAUAAAUGUUUAUAUACUAAAACUUAUAUCGCUGUAAAUGUUCCUGUUAUAUCUAUCUCCUUGA